AUGGAUGACUUCGAGGGGUUCAAGACGUCAGUGGAGGAAGUAACUGCAGUUAUUCCCUACUAUGUGUCUGUCACCACGGGGAAACACAAGGACGCAUCCACCGACAGCCGGGCCUUCAUCUUCCUCAUAGGAGAGCAUGACGAGCGCAGUAACCGCAUCUGGCUGGACUAUCCCCGAGGGAAGAAGGGCUUCAGCUGCGGCUCAGUGGAGGAGUUCUAUGUUGCAGGCUUGGAUGUGGGCGUUAUCAAGAAAAUAGAGCUGGGCCACGACGGGGCCUCCCCUGAGAGCUGCUGGCUGGUGGAGGAGCUAUGCUUGUCUGUGCCCACCCAGGGAACCAAGUACACGUUGCGCUGCGAUUGCUGGCUCGCCAAGGACCGAGGAGAUGGAGUCACCUCCCGUGUCUUUGACCUCCUGGAUGCCACGGUGGUGAACAUCGGGGUGAAGGUGCUCUAUGAAAUGACGGUGUGGACGGGUGACGUGGUUGGUGGUGGCACCGACUCCAACAUCUUUAUGACCCUCUACGGCAUCAACGGCAGCACAGAGGAAGUGCAGCUGGACAAAAAGAAGGCCAGAUUUGAACGGGAGCAGAACGACACCUUCCUCAUGGAGAUUCUGGACAUCGCCCCGUUCACCAAGAUGCGGAUCCGAAUUGAUGGCCUGGGCAGCCGGCCCGAGUGGUUCCUGGAGAGGAUCCUCCUGAAGAACAUGAACACUGGAGACCUGACCAUGUUCUACUAUGGAGACUGGCUGUCUCAGCGGAAGGGCAAGAAGACCCUGGUGUGUGAGAUGUGUGCCGUCAUUGACGGAGAGGAGAUGAUGGAGUACACUUCCUAUACUGUCUCAGUGAAGACCAGUGACAUCCUGGGAGCGGGCACUGAUGCCAAUGUGUUCAUCAUCAUCUUUGGGGAGAAUGGGGACAGCGGGACCCUGGCCCUGAAGCAGUCUGCCAACUGGAACAAGUUCGAGAGGAACAGCACCGACACAUUCAACUUUUCCGACAUGCUGAGCCUGGGCCACCUCUGCAAGCUGAGGGUCUGGCACGACAACAAAGGCAUAUUUCCUGGCUGGCACCUGAGCUAUGUCGACGUGAAGGACAAUUCCCGCGAUGAGACCUUCCGUUUCCAAUGUGACUGCUGGCUCUCCAAGAAUGAGGGCGACAGGCAGACAGUCCGUGACUUUGCCUGUGCCAACAAUGAGAUCCACGAUGAGCUGGAGGAGACCACCUAUGAGAUCGUCAUAGAAACCGGCAACGGAGGCGAAACCAGGGAGAACGUCUGGCUCAUCCUGGAGGGCAGGAAGAACCGAUCCAAAGAGUUUCUCGUGGAAAAUUCUUCUAGACAGCGGGCCUUUAGGAAGGGGACCACAGACACAUUUGAGUUUGACAGCGUCUAUUUGGGAGACGUUGUCUCCCUCUGCGUGGGCCACCUCGCCAGGGAGGACCGAUUCAUCCCCAAGAGAGAGCUGGUCUGGCACGUCAAGACCAUCACCAUCACCGAGAUGGAGUACGGCAACGUGUACUUCUUCAACUGCGACUGCCUCAUCCCCCUCAAGAGGAAGAGGAAGUACUUCAAGGUCUUUGAGGUCACCAAGACUACGGAGAGCUUUGCCAGCAAGGUCCAGAGCCUGGUGCUGGUCAAGUACGAGGUCAUCGUGACGACGGGCUAUGAGCCUGGGGCGGGCACCGACGCCAAUGUCUUCGUGACCAUCUUUGGGGCCAACGGCGACACGGGCAAGCGGGAGCUGAAGCAGAAGAUGCGCAACCUGUUCGAGAGCGGCAGCACCGACCGCUUCUUCCUGGAGACACUGGAGCUGGGCGAGCUGCGCAAGGUGCGGCUGGAGCACGACGGCAGCGGCUCCGGCUCCGGCUGGCUGGUGGAGAAGGUGGAGGUCACCAACACCAGCACCGGCGUGGCCACCAUCUUCACCUGCGGCAGGUGGCUGGACAAGAAGCGGGGCGACAGGCUCACCUGGAGAGACCUCUUCCCUUCCGUCUGAGAGCUAGAGGCCCUCGCUCCUCCUUCUCACCAACUUGUCCCGAACACAUCCACUACCCCCCGCCUUGGCUUUCAGCAGUCCUUUCCCGAAAGCCUCCUGGAGCUGGGACUGGGGGCCAGAGCUC